AUGUCGACAAAGCGGAUAACUGACCACCAACAGCUUUCACCUGCUCCCGUCCGGCCUAAUCAACCCGAGCUGUUUGACCUUCACGCCGCCGUCGAUGGUCUGGAAGAGGUGGAGUUGAAGGCCGACAUCUUCGACCAAGAACUCUUCGAAUCGAAGCUGCGCCGACUGGCAUAUGGCUACAAGGCCCGAUACGGUGAUCUUCUCCAGUACGAUGUCGAGGAGGAGAUUGAGAGAUUCAAAGGAUACCGUACGGAGCUCGCAAAGUAUGCCAUCGAUGGCUUGAGCUUUAUGCAUUCUGCACAAACGAGUGGAAUGAACAUCAUCAUCGAGGGUGCAAAUGUUCGUACCCCCACUCCAAGCAAGCCGGCUCUUUACUGA